UGUUCAGUUGGAAGUAUGCAACAGGAGGACAAGAAGACGAUUGGCAGAGACUACGGCGACACCAGCAGCCGCGGCAUGCGGAGGCUCCCGACGACUCACCUGUCGCAGCCCCCCGGGGUCGUGGAUGCGGCGAGUCGGCCCGCGUCGGGUCGCAGCGAGCUCGGGAGAGGAGGGCUCGACAGGGGGAGGCCCUCGCCCGCCAAGAGACGUGGUCGGGUAGGACCACCCAGCUCGCUCGACUCCCGGCCAGGCACAGACGCGUGCCGCAGAGACAAGCCUCGCGUCUCAUUUCGGUCGGCAGUACGCGCCAUUCAAAUACUUAAUACUCUGGCUCAUCAGCACCGGGAGUCGUCUCAGGCGAGGCCAGAGAUGUUGUCCUUCGCUCAGCUUCAGUUUGGACGCGACCUCACAUCUUACGGCAAUGGACUUUCCUUCGAUCCGUCGUUCUACAGAGCUCCCAAAGAGCACGAUGUGAGCACUGAGACCAAGGCCGUUCUAUCUCUACCACCGGCUGUCCGCUCCCAGGAUAAGUUACGAGCGGCGCUGACCUCCUUGAGGACCGUCGUGGAGGCAUUUGGAGAAUUCCCGAAGACCAUGCAGAAAGGCUUGGUCAGAUACGGCUGGUAUGAAAGCUUCGGCCCUGGCCGAAUCAUCAUCCGGCAGGGCCAGGUGCCCCAGAAUUUCUACCUCCUGCUCACAGGCACCGCUCUCGUCACCAAGGUGCGCAUGGACCAGCAGAGCGGAGAGGUGUCCGUCAAAACGGUCACCUUCCUCAAGCAGGGCGACUUCUUUGGGGACCUGGCCAUUCUGAUGCGAGCGAAGAGGAACGCCACCGUCGUGUGCAAGGAGACGGUCGCCCUCCUCACCGUCAACCGACAGGACUUUGUGAACAUCUUCAUGCAGAACGGCGUGUGCAGUGGCGAACCCGAGUUCGUCAGCUUCCUCCGCUCCCUGGAGGAGUUCCAUGGCUGGCCUCUCCACGUGCUCCCGCUCGACAGCACCAGCGUGUGCAUCCACAGCUACUUUAGGCGUGGAGCUGUCAUUUGCAAAGACACCGCGACCUCAGACAUGCUUUACGUGGUCAAGUCGGGCAGCGUCCGAGUGCUGAAGGCGCUGGCGCCGGCUAAGCGGAGAUGCGGGACGCGUGCCGCCGCCGCCGACUCUCGGCCCCGCAGAGACUCGCCCGGUACCGCCGGCCCCGGAGAGACGGCGAGAGACGCGCUGGACGAGAAGUCCCCCGCUGCGGCCCGGGGCUCGGGCCGGCCGGGCAGUGACGCGCGCGCUGCGGUUGCGGCUGCGCGCGCGCGAGCGGAGACUCAUCCCAAACUCGCCGACGAUCAAUCCGCCGGCCCUCGGCUCUCGCCGCCGUCUCUGCGGGGUUUGGCGAACGACGAAUCGCCGCCUGCGGGCGGGGAGGUUGUUCUCGGGGUGUCGCGCAGCUCCCAAGAGGCCGAGCAGAGGCGCGCGAUGGAUGGACUUGGAGCUGAGGGUGGCGGUGGUGGUGAUGAUGUGGCCGGUGGUGGUGGUGAUGAUGGCAGUGGUGGUGGUGGUGAUGAUGGCAGUGGUGGUGGUGGUGGUGAUUGCACGAGAGAGGGCGAGAGCGGCACCCGUGACACGAGGGACGGCCACAUCGUGGGGUCAGGGAUUUCGAGUCACAGGAGCAGCCCUGGCGACUCCCACAAGGUGUACGUGCAGGUGCAGAGCCUGCAGACCGGACAAAUAUUCGGCCUCACGGACACGGUGUUCAACGAGAGCACGAGCAUGGUGCUCGUGUCCGAGGGGGCCGAGUGCGUCCUCAUAUCGCGCGAGUUUUUCCGCAAGCACGUGGACGACGCCUACAUCCAGCACCUGGGCAAGAAGCUCAGCCCGUACCCGUCACAUGAGAGCCUGCAGAAGGAGCUUCAGUGUCUCGUGGAGUGGAACCACUUCAAGAACACGCUGAUCUCCCGCUUGCUGCGAUGAGGAGCGAGAUUUGACUUGAAUGGAAUCCCCGUUCGUUAAAGCGGCGGAUGCGGUGCAACGAAUGAAAAGACUCGACUGCAAAUGAGUUACCCUGAUUGCUAAUUCUUCCCUCAACGGGAGUGGCUUUUGACUGUGCAACACCAGCUGAAAUUCUAAGCCAAGGUUGUGAAUCAGCCUCAUCAUUGUUAUCAUUUUGUUGUAAUUGUCUCCAUCAUCACGAAGAUCGCCAGAAGUGCCGUUGAGCACCGUCUGGCAAAGUCUGCACAAACAAAUCGGUGGGAAGUUAUAACAUCGGUCGUCUUGCUGUGGGGGAAUGUGGGAGUUCCGUUCCAACUUCAGGACCACUAAGGCGGGGUCAAGACCUGCCACGCAAUUAAUUUGAGGAGUAGGGGAACGUUGUAUCUGUGUACUCGUCAACGGGCGUGUCGUUGUUGAAAUGGGUGGCGGCGCUGGGCACAGGCAAACCAAGCGAAAGUUGAGUUCCCCAAGCAACACAAGGGGCCCCCAGAUUCGUGAACUAAAUACAGCGGUGCGUCAAAUAUCUUCUCAAAUUUAAAUGUAACAAAAAAUCAUUAAAAUAGAAUUAACAUAAACAACCCAUUAUUCUUUGUAAUUUAAAUCCAUGAUUCAAUAAGAAUAGGUUUUGCUCUUUCUUGCAAUAAAACUGGUGUUAAGAUGUUCAAACACCAACUAUAAUCCUUUUGCAAGGAAUCAAAGUUCGCAUUAGCCACACGUACUUGUGAGCAUGCACACAAACAUGCUCUGAUAAUAUUACAUACAUUGCCUUUGAAACAUAUAAACACCUCCUGUUUUAUUGCCAGAAAGGGUAAAAGUAUUCUUAUUUUUUUAUACUUUGACACAGGCAGAAAAGCUCCCAUUUUAAAAAAUCUCUUUAUCGUCUGCAUCUCUCUCUUCUCGUCUCACUACACCUCUCCACUCUUUCCUAUUUUACUCGUCUCUCUCCGCAUCUCUUUUGUCAUCUCACUGUGAUUUUAUACAUCGAAAAGAGAGUUGUGGGUGGGUGAGGGACAAAUGUAAUUUGAUGGGCCAGCACCCCCCACUGAUGUGGGUCGCCACGGUGGUGAGAUGUUAACUCCCUCGCCUGGCAUACACGAUGUCGUGGGGUUCGCUCCCGACCCUGACGCCUGUUGUACAUUUGCAGUUGUCAUGGCUGUCUCCUCGUGGUCGCGUUGAUUUUGUCUCCGGGUCCUCCGGUUUUUUUUCUUCCACGUUUAGAAUGAACAUCGACGCGUUUAGAGAAUCUGGCUCCGAUACAUUUCCACGCGAUAAGCCACUUCGCUGAGUUACCGUGAUUUGUGAUGACCAGGUAGCUUCUGGAAAAAAAGAGAAAGAGCAAUUUAGCUCACUGGGGCCUUACCUGGUAAGGUGAAAAAUAGUUUGUGGUUUAAAUCUUGACUUAAAGCUUUCGUGACUGCAGGAAUUCAUAUUAUUUGGGUCUUUCGGUAAAGUCACGUAGAUAGGUUCAAAGAAAAUAACAAAAAAUAACAAAAAACUACAACGUUUCGAUCGCAACACAAGCGUUCGUCAUCAGGAAACGUCGUAGUUGUUUCCGUUAUUAUUUUUUGGUUAUUUUCUUUGAACCUAUCCCCGUGACUUUACCGAAAUACCUAAAGAAUAGAGUUUGUAGUUUGUUCGAGGCAAUCGCCACGCCGCGACAGCCCGGGUCCAUGGGGGUGACACGCGACUCACUAGCUGCAUCUCCAACCAUUGCCAGCAGGGGGCACUGCGAGGCCGUUGCAUGCUCGAGGUUUACCAAUGCCUCUGCGACAAGCACGUGCGUGUGUGUGAUCACACGUGUUGCGGCGGUAAAUAGAGAAGUUAACAUACGUGCAAAAUGUGCAGGUUUUCAGAUGCAAUUGUAUGGGUAUUGGGUUUCAAGGGAAGUAUUUUCAAUUCCUAAGCAGGUUAUUAUUUUAUGAUGUUAUGUAUUUUUUUACGUGUACUAUAACAAAGACAAGCAAGUGCUGUUCGCGAGCACCUAUGAAGGCCGGCACGGCACACGAGGGGGUGGGUGGCCAGAACCACACCCGGCCGCCUUUGUCUCCCCAGUGGAGAUGCUUACACACCGCACCAGGGACUCAUUUGAGGCUGAGUCGACCGAGCGGAGGCUCAAUACCGGUUCAGAUAAUCGCCACUGAUGUUGGCCGUGAGCGGGAAUCGAACUUGGUUUGCCGGGUUCGUAGUGCUACGAACUAAAAAAACCCGUACAGAAAUGCAUGAUAUAAUGUUCAAGUAGGAAUGUUAUUUCUCUACGGUUCAAUUUAACACAAAUAAACGGAAAAAAAGUCGAAACAUUGACCCAUCAAAGUUCUAUGCAUCAGGAAAUUCCAAACAAUCUUGAAACCACAACAGGAGUAGCCCACACGCGGUACAAUGGGUGGUCAAAAUAAAAAAAAUAUAUAGAAAAAUACACACGCAGGCAUUACGUUUAUUUAGAAAGCCCGUCUUCACGUGCAAAUAUUGUACCCCACUAGGGGAGUUGCCUUCACCACUUCAGGAGUUGGUUGG